UCGUUUGAAAAUUAUAUAUUUGUUAUCAUAAAGUUUAGGAUCAAAAGGUCAAUCUAAAAACUAAUGUGAGCUCGGGCAGUAUAUAAACUUGAGUUCCACAGUCCAGAGCAUCAGAAGUGUGCCAUCCAGCAACAUGAAGCUGUUGGUACUGACGGCGAUUGUCGCCGCCGUGGUAGCGAGUCCGCUCAGCGAGACUAAGAGCUGGCCCUGGCAAGUGGGUAAAGAGUACACAUAUGAUGUAGACACCUACACCUGGUCCAGGUUUGAACAAAGUGGCAGCAACGGCAAUGCAUUCGUAUCUCAGUUCAUCGUUCGCGUUUUGGCCCCGGGUCGUCUCGUUGCCAAAUUACAAAACCCACAGUACGCGCAGAUGAAAGAAGGCAAAAUCAGCCUUCAGUCUGCACCUGCUGGCCUGGAAUUCAAAGCGGUUCCCAAUGUAGACCAGCCUUUCGAGAUUCUGGUUGACGGAGGUCGCAUUCUGUCAGUCAGUGUUCCCUCGACUGUGUCUGCUUCUUUCGAAAACGUACUGAAGGGUCUUCUCAGCGGUCUCCAAGUGGACUUAUCUACUUAUGGACACGUCCACAACUUCCCCAACAGUUAUGACAAGGAAUCCUUCCAAGGUCUCUUCAAGAAGAACGAGGCUGACGUCACCGGUGACUGUGAGACUUUAUACUCAGUUUCACCAGUCGCUGCAGAAUGGCGCCGUGUAUUGCCUGACUUUGCUGAAGACCCUAUCGAGAUCACCAAGAGCAGGAACUAUGGCUCAUGCAAAAAGCUUGUCGCUUUUGGUUUAGGAGUCCCAGAAGGCAACGAAGACUUCAUCAAGCACACUUCUGAAUCACGCAUAUUCGCCGGCAAGCAAGGCACAAUCUACAAAUCGGAAACAUUGAGCACCGUCGUAGCUAAACCUUUGGUAUUCGGCAAACAGAACGCUGAAGUAUUCAGUUACGUCGGCCUCUCUCUGGAAUCAGUUAAAGAAAUCCCUAGCGAGGAAUGGAAAAUUUCAGAAGAAGUUCGCAAAAUCGACUCACUGUUGUUUACCGAAAAAGAGGAUUUGGGUAUUGAGUUUAACGCACAGAACGUUGCUAAGGUUCAAGCCCUGCUCCAGGAACUUGCACCAUUAUUGCAGGAGCCCAACAAAUUACCGUCUUCCGAUUUCCUGGCUAAAUUUGAGAGCCUAGUAUAUCUUACAAACUCUCUAAACUCAGAACAGCUUGCUCUUUUGACUAGCAGUUUUGAAGAUGCUAAGUCUUCGGACAAUGCCGCUAAGAAAAACUUGUGGGUACUCUACCGUGACGCAAUCGCUCAAACCGGUACCAUUGCAGCAUUCAAAGAAGUCAAGUCAUGGAUCUUGAACAAGAAAAUUGAAGGAGAAGAAGCCGCUGAAGUAAUCGCCUCAUUAGCUGGCAGUCUACACACCCCAAGCGAGGAGCUGUUUACUGAGUUCUUCCUGCUCUCCACUAACCCCGUAGUUGUGGAACAGAAGUACCUUAAUGUUUCCGCCAUUUUAGCUGCCUCCAAGUUUAUUCGAUUGGCCAACGCUGAUUUGUUUGUGGUCGACAAAAUUAUUCCACUCGCAUCUAAAGAUUUAAAGCAGGCCAUCGCCGAUGGUGACUACAGCAAGGCCGACGCUUUCAUCAGAGUUCUUGGAAACUUGGCUCACCCUGAAAUCCUGAACGUAUUCGCUCCCUACUUGGACGGUAGUGUUCCAGUUAACACUUACCUUCGCACACAAAUUGUUAUCAGCCUCAAAACCUUGGCGCACGAGAAGAACGACCAAGUACGUGCCGUUCUCUUCAGCAUUUUGAAGAACACAGCUGAAUCUUACGAAGUCAGAGUGGCUGCUGCUCUCAAUAUCUUCCUGUCCUUCCCCACUGCUGACAUGUUCAGAAUAAUGGCUCAUAUGACCAACAAUGACCCGAGCACACAAGUUCGUGCCGUCUUAGUCAGCGGUAUUACUUACACCGCUGGUCUUAAAGACCCGCGCUUCGCUGAAUUGGUUAAGAAUGCUAACUCAGUGAAAUCCUUGGUCGCUAAAGAAAAGUACGGUGCCCGUUACUCUACCGACAGUAUCAUUGGCACAUACAGCAGCGAAGAUAACUUGGGCUACUUGAGGGAACUGGCUUACAUUGGAAGUGGAAACAGCGCUUUACCUAAGUACCAAAGAACAGCUCUAAGAUUAAGAGGAAAUGGAUGGACCGAAGAAAACUGGGCCACACUCUCCGUAUCAGAUAUGCAGGACCUUUUCGAGUACAUCAUGGAUGUUGUAUCUGCCCCAGGACCGCAGAAAGUCGCCACUGACUUGAAAUUCUCCCCUGAGGAAAUAACUAAAGUAUUGGACAUCAAAAGGAAAGCCCGUCAAACCCUCCAAGCGUCCCUAUUCAUUGACAACUUGAACCAGCAGAGACUAUUUACUUUCACCGAACGCGAACUAGGAGAAUUCCUCGUCAGUCUCUUUAGAGGCGCCGAAAGUUUAAUUCAUGGUUCUGAAAGCAGCUACGUUAAGGUCGUUUUUGACAGACGUGUGUACGUGACAUUCCCAGUUGCCGCUGGUGUGCCUUUCAUAUAUGCAUACAGUGAACCGACUGCUUUCAUUAUUCAAAACCAAGCCAGCUUAAAAUUCGGUUUCGGUGGAGGCCAAGUAGUGAAAAAUGUCUUUAAGUUUACAUAUGCCAGAAACUUGGACGGCAAGGUCGGUUUUGUAGACACUAUUGGUGACGUGUUCGCUUACUCAGGCGUCGUUAACAAGCUUCAAUUCAACGUUCCGCUUAAGGCCAGCAUCAACGCAAAUAAGGAAACAUACCAUCUAUAUUUCGAACUCCCCGAGGAAGAUGUCAAUCUAAUUCACUUAAGCGUGACACCUUACACAGAUUUUAGAUACAAGUCAAACUCGUGGUUGGCUUCGAGUGAAAACCCAUCCACCCAAAUCAUUGAACGGUCUGAGAAGGUAUUUUCAGCUGACGAAAACUUAGGUCAACUGUUUGGCGUUGCACUGCGUCUGCAAGGAUACUCUUACUCAGCUGACUACAAGAACCCUAGCUGGAACCUAUUUGACGGAGAUAUCGUAGCCAACGUACAAGAGUUGUUGUACCAAAAGGACAUUGCUUUAACCGAGUUCAAUCUGAAUUACGUAGCAAAGGAGUCUAAGAACAAGGCAGUUUCAUUCACCUUAUUCUUAGAGUCGUUGUACAACCAGAAAGUAAGUGGAGACCUUGGACCUGCUUCCGUCACCGCUGAUGUUGCAGCCAACAGCGCCGCUCGUCGUGAACAGUUCGCUAAACGCGUUGCCUCCGGUAUCGAAUCCGCUAAUGUACAGCUGGUUGAUUUCAGCGUUGUUUUUGAUGGACAAGAGAAAGUGGACUUCGUAUUCACCGGUGCCUAUGCUAACAGCUUUGUCGACAACAAGUCUCAAGCCAUCGUGUUCCUCCGUGGUUCCGAACAACUCAAUGCUGUGUUCAAAAUGACCAAACCCAAAAUAGUCCCUCUGAACUUUGAGGAAGCUCUCAAGAACCCAAUCAAAUCUACAUACGAAGCUGACAUCAAGUUCGCCAAUGACGAUAACAUCAAAAUCGUCGGCACUGGAGAGCGCAGCGAGGAGUAUACUCAGAAACUGAGAAACAGCCCCUUGGCAAAGCAGUGCUUGGAAGAUAGCAGCAAUGGUAACUUAUACCAGAAGGAUUGCUACAACGUGAUCAUCCAGGCGCACGCUCCCGACUUUUUCAAGUCCGUCGUGACUUACAAGAACGUCAGCCCCGCUUUCUUGAACUUGACUUACGAAACCUACAAAACCUUAAAGGAACUGUAUUCUUGGGAAGAGGACGAAGACUUAGUCAACACUAUCCAAGAUGGCACCAUCGAAAUUGAGUCUCAGGCAUUCUACUUCGACAAGUACUUUAACUACAAGUUCACAAGCAAGUACGGAGUCCUCAAACUAGACAACAUCGAAGGCAUGUACUACUACCCCUAUGCUAUGGCGUUCUACGCGCCUAUCUCCAACUGGGAGCGUUCCCGUAACUGGUUCACUGACGAACAAACCCUACCUUUCUGCGCUGUCGACGGCAGCAAAGUUAAGACCUACAGUGGUCGCAGCUACGAGUACAGCCUCACAAGCUCCUGGCAUGUGGUCAUGGUUGACGACAAAGCCGGUCUGACAGUUCUUGCCAGGCGACCCAGCGCUAACCAGGAAGAAGUCUACAUUGCAUACAAAACUAACUUCGGCAAAUACGUAGAACUCGACAUCAAGCCAACGGGUGUUGAGGUCAAGAGCAACGUCGACAAGAAGUCCGAGGGAGUCCUCACCUCAUACUUUGACAGCGACAAGGAAGUACCUAUCUUGGAGUACUACACCCUCGCUGAAGGUGUUCAAAUAUUCAACAUCAACGAAGGAGCUUUCCGCGUCGUGUACGACAAACAGAGGCUCAUCAUCUUCACUGCUGAUCACCGCAGCUCCACCAACGGUCUCUGUGGCCAGAGCACAUCUCAGAUCGGCGACGACUACCUGACUCCCUUCGGUUUGGUCGACCAGCCUGCGUACUACGGCGCUGCUUUCUCUCUGGACGGAGAGUCCAGCGACGCUAAGACCGCGGAGCUGAAGAAGCAAGCCAAGCUGAAGGCGUACCAGCCAGUCACCAAGUAUACCAACAUCCUGCGCUCCGACGCCGAGUGGAGCAAGAUCGGAAACGAAUCUGUCAAAGGACUGACGACCACUGCAGAUCCCUCGAACAUGAAGCUGUUGGUACUGACGGCGAUCGUCGCCGCCGUCGCGUCGAGCCCGCUCGCACAGACUGAGAGCUGGCCUUGGCAAGUCGGCAAAGAGUACACAUACAAUGUGGACUCAUAUACCUGGACCAAGUUUGAACAAAGCGACAGCAGCGGCAAUGCUUUCAAGUCACAGUUUAUUGUGCGCGUUUUAACCCCAGGUCGGCUCGUUGCCAAAUUACAAGACCCAUUGUAUGCCAAAUUUCAAGGCGAAAUAAAUUGGCAGUCCGCACCCAAGAACCUGCAGUUCGAACUAGUUCAGAAAUUUGACCAACCUUUCGAGAUCUUGGUUGAUGGAGGCCGUGUGCUUUCUGUUAACGUUCCUUCUAAUCUGCCUACUUCCUUCGAUAACUUACUCAAGGGUCUGAUCAGCGCUCUUCAAGUUGACUUAUCUGUUUUUGGACAUGUCCACAAUUUCCCGAAUAGUUUUGACAAGGAGUCUUUCCAAGGUCUCUUUAAGAAGAACGAGGCUGACGUCACCGGUGACUGUGAGACUUUAUACUCAGUUUCACCACUCGCUGCGGAAUGGCGCCGCGUAUUGCCGGACUUUGCUGAAGACCCUAUCGAAAUCACAAAGAGCAGGAACUAUGACUCUUGCCGAAGACGUGUAUCUUAUGACACGGGAGCCCCAGAAGACGAUGAAUUUAUCAAGCACACUUCUGAAUCACGCAUAUUUGCCGGCAAGCAAGGUACAAUCUACAAAUCGGAAACAUUAAGCACAGUCCUUGUAAACCCUCUGUUGUUCGGAAAGCAAAAGGCUGAAGUAUACAGUUACGUCAACUUCUACCUGGCUGCAGUCAAGGAUGUCGGCGCUGAGUGGAAACUCUCCGAAGAAGUUCGCAAAAUCAAUUCACUUCUAUACAAGAUUGAUGAGAAUUUAGCUAUUGAGUAUGAUGAAAAGAAUGUUGCUCUUGCCCAGAAAUUGCUGCAAGAAAUUACACCACUAUUGCAGGAUCCCAGUAGCCUAUCAUCUACUGAGUUUUUGGCCAAAUUUGAUAACCUUUUGCGUCUUACAAACUCUUUAAAUUCGGAACAGUUUUCACAGCUGACUAGCAGCAUCGAAGUUGCUAAAUCUUCAAAGAAUGCUGCUAAGAAUAACAUGUGGAUACUCUACCGUGAUGCGGUUGCUCAAACCGGUACGUUUGCUGCGUUCAAAGAGAUCAAGUCAUGGAUCUUGAACAAGAAGAUUGAAGGGGAAGAAGCCGCAGAAGUCAUUGCUUCAAUAGCGGGAAUUCUACGCAACCCCAAUGAGGAAUUAUACAAUGAGUUCUUCCUACUUGCCACUAACCCCAUUGUUGUAGAACAGAAGUUCCUUAAUGUUUCCACCCUCUUCGCUGCCACUAAGUUCAUUCGAUUGGCUAAGGCUGAUUCAUUUGUGGUCGACAGAGUUAUUCCAGUCGCAUCUAAAGAUUUAAAGCAAGCUAUCACCGACGGCGAUGACAGCAAAGCCCAGGUUUAUAUCAGAGCUCUUGGAAACUUGGCCCAUCCCGCAAUCUUAAAAGUAUUUGCUCCUUACUUAGACGGUCGUAUUCCAGUUAGCAAUUAUCUUCGCACACAGAUUGUUAUCAGCCUUAAAACCUUAGCAAACGAGAAGAACGACCAAGUACGUGCCGUUCUCUUCAGCAUUUUGAAGAACACAGCUGAAUCUUACGAGGUCAGAGUGGCUGCUGCUCUCAACAUCUUUUUGGCCUUCCCUACUCCUGAGAUGUUCCAAAUUUUGGCCCAUAUGACAAACGAUGACCCGAGCACUCAAGUUCGCGCUGUCUUAGCAAGCAGUAUUUCAUUCAUAUUAGGACUGAAAGACCCACGCUUUAAGGAAUUAGUUGAAGCUGCUGAAUCAGCUAAAAACGUGGUUUCUAAGGAAAAAUUCGGCUACCGCUACUCGACUGAUAGCUUGAUCGAUGCAUACACCAGCGACGAUGAGCUAACCUACUUCAGAGAAUUAUCUUUCAUUGGGAGUGAAAACAGCAUUUUACCUAAAUACCAGAGAGCAGCUUUGAGGCUCAAGAGCAAUGGUUGGACCGAGGAAAACUGGGUUACAUAUUCUAUUUCUGAUGUGCAAGAAUUAGUUAACUACAUCGCAGACUUACUAGUAGUGUCACGUAAUGUCGAUGCUGACUUCAAAUUCUCUGCUAAGAAGAUCAUCGAUUUACUGAACAUCAAACGUAAAGAUCGCUCUCCUUUAGAAGGAGCCCUGUUUCUUGACAAUCUCAACCAACAAAGAUUCUUCACUUUCAAUGAACAACAAUUGACAUCUUUCAUCGAAUACAUUGUCAAGAACAUUGAGCAAUUAACUGUCAAUGGAAUCAAUGCCCAAUACAUUAAAGUGCUGACCGACAAGCAGGUUUACGUUACUUUCCCUCUUGCUUUUGGUGUACCGUUCGUUUACACUUACUCUGAGCCAAUUUUGUUCAUCGUACAAGGCCAAGGAAGCUUCAAACUGGAUAGUGGCGCAGCAUCCGGAUCUGUGAACAAUAAGUUGACCGUCACAUACGCAAGAAACGAAAAUGGAAGAGUUGGUUUCGUUGAUACUCUUGGUGAUGUAUUCACUAGCAGUGGCAUCAUAAACAAACUUCAAGUUUACAUUCCUAUCGAGGCUAAUUCCGCAUCGAAGUCUGGAAGCCUCAAAUUGAGUUUUAAGCUUCCUGAGAAAGACGCCAACCUCAUUCACUUGAGUGUGACACCCUACAUAGCUCAGCAAAAGUUAUCAUCCUAUGAAGUUGUAACUAAAGACCCCUCUACCAAAAUUAUCGCGCGUCCUGACAAGGUGCUAUCACUUGACGAAAAGUUCGGUGGACUGCAUUUGCAAGGAUACUCUUACUCAGCUGAUUACAAGAACCCCAGUUUAAAUCUUUUUGAUGGAGAUAUCAUUGCCAACGUACGCGACUUGUUGUACCAAAAAGACAUUGCCUUAACCGAGUUCGACCUAAAAUACGUUGCAAAAGAGUCCAAGACCAAGGCAAUCUCAUUCAGUUUAUUCUUCGACACGUUUUAUAAUCAGAAAGAAAGCGGUGAAGUUGGACCUGCUGCCAUCAUUACUGAAGUUGCAGCCAACAGCGAGGCUCGUCGUGCACAGUUCGUCAAACGCGUUGCAUCAGGAAUCGAAUCUGCCGAGGUUCUGUUGGUAGAUUUAAGUGCCGUUUUUGAGGGAGAACAAAACACAGAGAUCGUCUUUACCGGUGCCUAUGCCACUAGCUUUGUUGACAAUAAGAUUCAGGCUCUCUUUUUCCUUCGUGGUGUCGAACAGAUCAAUGCUGUGUUCAAACUAACCAAACCUAAAGUUACCCCUCUGAACUUUGAAGACGCUCUCAAGAACCCAAUCAAAGUAAAUUACGAGGUUGACUUCAAGUAUGGAAAUGACGACAACAUAAAAAUCAACGGAUUUGGCGAGCGCACCGAGGAGUACACUCGUAAAUUGAGGAAUGACCCCUUAGCAAAGCAGUGCUUGAGAGACAGCAGCUACAAAAACUUCUACCAGAGGGAUUGCCACAAGGCGAUCAUCAAGGCGCACGCCCCAGACUACUUCAAGGCUACUGUAACUUACAAAGAAGUCAGCCCCGCUUUCCUGUCCUUAUCUUACGAAACCUACAAAAUCUUAAAGGAGCUGUAUUCUUGGGAAGAGGACGAAGACUUGGUCAACACCAUCAAGGAUGGCAAAAUCGAAAUUGAGUCUAAGGCUUUCUACUACCAGAAUUACGCCAACUUCAAGUUCUCUAGCAAGUACGGAGUCCUCAAUUUGAAGAAUGUUGAAGGCAUGCGGUACUACCCAUACUUCAUUUCAUUCUAUGCACCAACUACGGCCUGGGAACGUUCUCGUAACUGGUUCACUGGUUACCAACAUUUGCCCUACUGCGCUGUAGAUGACAACAAGGUUUGGACCUACAGCGGCCGAAGCUACGAGUAUGGUCUAACAAGCUCCUGGCACGUUGUGAUGGUCGACGAGUCGGGUCUGGUUGUCCUUGCAAGGAGGCCCAGCGACAAUCAAGAGGAGGUCUACAUCUCAUACCAAUCCUCAUCCGGCAAGUACUUAGAACUUGACAUCAAGCCUUCUGGAGUUCAGGUCAAAAGCAACACCAACAAAGUGUCCGAUGGAGCCCUGACCUCAUACUGGGACGACACACAAGACGCUCCUCUCUUGGAGUACUACUCUCUUGCUGAAGGUGUUCUUGUAUUCGACAUCAAUGAGGGCGCUCUCCGCGUCGUAUAUGACAACCAGAGGCUAGUCCUCUUCACUGACGGGUUCCGCAGCACCACCAACGGUCUCUGUGGAAAGAGCUCAUCUCAGGUCGACGACGACUACCUGACUCCCUUCGGUCUGGUCGACCAGCCUGCGUACUACGGCGCUGCCUUCUCUCUGGACGGAGAGUUCAGCGACGCUAAGACCGCUGAGCUGAAGAAGGAAGCAAAGCUGAAGGCGUACCAGCCUGUCACCAAGUACACCAACAUCCUCCGCUCUGAUGACGAGUGGAGCAAACUUCAGAACGAGUCUGUUAAAGCACUGUAAGAUUGACGUGUGGCUAAGGUUAAACCCUCAAUAUUAAUAAACUGCCAAAAAAAUAACUUCAUAACAACGUGAUUACGAUAUAUGGACGAGGAAAAAAUAAUAACACUGUAUAUAAUAAUAUAAUAUGUAUUUAAAUAAAAAGUAUAAGUGUACAUAAUAUUAUGUAAGUUGUAUAGUUAUGUAUAUAAAUAGAAUCCAAUUGUGUUAUAGUAUUAUAUUUUAUUAGGACUAAAACAUAAAUACGUACUUUAUUAUGUUUAGUGUCAUAAACUGUGGCAAGAGUUAACGCACACGAAAUAUGUAAUAUAAAUGAAUUAAUUAUAA